CGAAUGUUAAUAACUUUAUAAUCAAAUAUAUCUUUCAGAAGCUUUCGGUUUUUACUUUUACUUUUCGCUUUUUCUCAAACACUUAAACCUGCAAUCAGGCCAGAAAGCUGGAAACUCCAAUCCGAUUGAAACAGUAUGAAGGAUCAUCAGAUUGUGAAAGGAGAGGAGUUUGAGAGAAAAGCUGAGAAGAAGAUUAGUUGUUGGGGUUUAUUUUGUUCUAAGCAUGAGGAUGCUGCUGAUCUUUAUCAAAAAGCCGCCACUUCCUUUAAACUCGCCAAAUCAUGGGAUAGAGCUGCAAUGGUCAAUAUUAAAUUGGCUAACUGUAAUUUGAAGUUGGGUAUCAAGCAUGAAGCAGCGCGUGCUUAUAUUGAUGCUGCGAAUUGUUACAAGAAAACGUCCCCCAAAAAGGCUUUAUCAUGUUUAGAUCAGGCUGUGAAUAUGUUCUUGGAAAUCAGCAGACUCAACAUGGCUGCACGUUAUUGCAAGGAGAUUGGCGAAUUAUAUGAGCAGCAAAAGAACUUUGACCAAGCACUUUUGUAUUUCGAGCGGUCUGCGGACCUAUUUCAGGCUGUGGAAGCAACAACAUCUACAUAUCAGUGCAGGUUGAAAGUCGCACAAUUUUAUGCUCAGUCAGGGAAAUAUCCUCAGGCAAUCGAAAUAUAUGAAGAGAUAGCACGUCACUCCCUAAACAACAAUUUAUUGAAGUAUGGAGUUAGAGGGCAUCUUCUUAAUGCUGGAAUUUGCCAACUUUGUAAAGGAGAAAUUGUUGCGAUAACCAAUGCACUGGAAAAAUAUCAGGACAUGGAUCCUACUUUCUCAAGGACUCGGGAGUACAAACUCUUAGUUGAUUUGGCUGCUGCAGUUGACCAGGAAGAUGCUGCAAAAUUCACAGCUGCUGUAAAGGAGUUUGAUACCAUAACCCGGCUGGAAACUUGGAGGACCACUCUUCUGUUGCGAGUGAAGGAAACUCUAAAAGCUAAAGAACUUGAAGAGGAUGAUCUGACCUGACUGGAUAUAACUACUGAAACUUUCUCCUCUUUACCAUACAAAAUAACAUAUGGUCGUCAUCAUUGUUAUUAUUACCGUUAUUUUUGGGAUUUAUGGAGUUCCCUGUUUGUGAAUAACUUUGAUUCAGUCCAUGAACUUUUUGAAAUAUGUAUAUUACUUGAUUUACUUGAUUUCAUUUUAUAAUUGUAGUUCUUUCCUAUUAAAUUUGGGAGAUAUGAUAGAUAAAGUAUUUAUAUAAUUUUA